AACGACCAUCGCGGCUCGUGGCCCUGAUGCAUUCCACCUGCGUUUCCUCCAAAAUUCGUUCGUCAAAUUUUCGAGGGCAGCGAUUCCUCCAAGAUUCAAUCGAAAAAUAAUUAAGAAUAAGAUGAGAAGGGGUUCGUGGGAGACGAAAUUAGUGCAAGAAUUGCUUCUGUAUGCGGCGAGUGCUGCUUUGAGCUGUUUGGUGCUGGUCGUGGGGCUCAGACAGCUGGACCCCAAUCGCGAUGCGUCGAAGAAAGCACUAGAGCAUAAGAAGGAAAUCGCGAAGCGUUUGGGAAGGCCUCUUAUUGAGACCGAUGCUUAUGAGGACGUUAUAGCCUGUGACGUAGUCAACCCUGAUCAUAUUGACGUCAAAUUUGAGUCUGUUGGAGGACUGGAUUCUAUUAAACAAGCACUAUAUGAAUUAGUUAUUCUUCCUCUACAAAGGCCAGAGUUAUUUUGUCAUGGAAAGCUUCUUUGUCCUCAAAAAGGCGUGUUGCUAUAUGGACCACCUGGAACUGGGAAGACAAUGCUUGCCAAGGCAAUUGCAAGAGAGUCUGGUGCUGUUUUUAUUAAUGUUAGAACAUCAAACCUAAUGAGCAAAUGGUUCGGGGAUGCGCAAAAACUAGUGGCUGCUGUUUUCUCAUUGGCAUACAAACUGCAGCCAGCCAUUAUUUUCAUUGAUGAAGUCGACAGUUUUCUGGGUCAACGUAAGAGUACAGACCAUGAAGCAUUAGCCAACAUGAAGACUGAAUUUAUGUCUCUGUGGGACGGUUUCACUACAGACCAACAUGCCCGGGUGAUGGUACUUGCUGCCACCAAUCGGCCAUCAGAGCUUGAUGAAGCAAUUUUACGACGUUUCCCUCAGGCAUUUGAAAUAGGAAUUCCUGAUAGAAGGGAGAGGGCAGCAAUAUUAAAGGUGAUACUGAAGGAUGAAAAAGUUGAAGAUGCCAUUGAUUAUGACUAUAUAGCCAGUCUUUGCGAUGGAUGUACGGGUUCGGAUCUUCUUGAGCUCUGCAAAAAGGCUGCUUAUUUUCCAAUUAGGGAUGUUCUCAAAGAUGAAAAAGUUGGAAAACCAUCAAAGGAGCCAAGGCCACUGUCUCAGUUGGAUUUAGAAAGAAUCAUCGAUACCACAAGAAAUACAAUGGUUUCUGCGAGUGAGUAUGCCUCUUUAUGAUCCGAAGAUCGAUGAAUUCGGCAGAAGAGGAUGCUAUCAAGAAGCAUUCAUUCCAAAACUUGUAAAUUUUCUAUGCACAAGGUUCCUCAAAUAUGGUCGUGAAGAUCGAUGUUGUUCCAUCACAUAACUGCUUUCUUGGCUUCUCUAUAUCAUAUCAUAGUGUUAAAAAAUGUAAUAGAGGGAUUCCGUUCCAUUGGGACUUCUGUUUUCUCUAGUCCCCAUUUUUGGUACAUCCUUGUUUGGUAACUGGUAUGCCUACAUUACAGUAUCAUGUUUAAUUAUUUACCAAAUUUUCAGAUAUAUAUACUUUUUAAUUUA